AUGACACCCCCAAAGCGCGCCCUCUUCUCGCUAAACCUCGAUUCCGACAUCGACCACCUCCGGCAGCGAAUCGAAGAGCGCAAUCUAGACGGCAGCGAGAAGCCCAAGAUCAUCGAAACGAGAGGGCACUCGGAUCUGAGUUUCGUAGGGAAGCCGAUUGAGAAUAUCGUGAACAAGGCCGUGGAUAGCGUGGUUGACGGGACGGGCAAGACGGUUCGCUCGGUCGACGGUGACAUCACGUAUUCGCAUAGUGAGACGCGGAAUAGCAACGGCAAGGCGGUCAAGGUCUCGAGCAGCAACUCGAAGAAAGGGAGGAGCAUCUGGGAGAAAUACGAUACCUCGGAGCUUUAG